GUAAUUUUGGAAUUUACUAAACAACAGAAAGAAGAAGAUACAAUUCUAGUAUUUAAUGUUACUCAGUUAGGAACAGAGGCCACAGUGAGAACUUUCGACCUAACUGUGGUGUCUUAUUUAAAGAAGAUCAGCUUGGAUUACCAGGAAAUUCAAGGAUCAAGAAAAAAGCCCCUUCACUUGAUUAGCUCUUCUGACAAACCUGGGUCCGAUCUUUUAAAAGUAGAGUAUAUUAAGGCUGAUAAGAGUGGACCUAGUUUUCAAACCACUUUUGAAAAAACUGAACAGACAUUUAAGGUGGCCUUUUCCUCUUUGAACUUGUUGCUGCAAACCCAAGCUCUUCUCUCUUCUAUUAACUACCUGACAACCAUCCUUCCCUCCGAUGGGCAGAGCAUGGGCGGCCCACCAGGGGUGCAGAUCUCCACUGAGAAGCAAACAAAUUCCUCUCUGCAGAAAGUGAUUGUAUCCUCUAAAGACAGUGAUGUUAUUGGCUUCAGACUGUUUGCCAAGUUAAAUGCUUUCUGUGUCACCAUUUGCAAUGAGAAGAGCAGUAUUGCUGAAAUCAGGAUAUAAGGCCUCGACUCUUCUCUUUCUCUUCAGUCAAGGAAGCAGUCACUUUUUGCCAGACUGGAAAAUAUUAUUGUUACAGACGUUGAUCCUAAGACAGUUCAUAAAAAAGCUGUGUCAAUAAUGGGAAAUGAAGUUUUUCGUUUUAACUUGGAUUUGUACCCAGAUGCGACUGAAGGGGAUUCAUACACUGACAUGUCCAAAGUGGAUGGCGUGGUGUCGCUGAAUGUUGGCUGCAUUCAGAUUGUCUAUCUUCAUAAUUUCCUUGUGUCCCUUUUGAACUUCCUGAACAAUUUCCAGACAGCCAAAGAGGCCCUGAGCGCAGCCACCACGCAGGCUGCAGAAAAGGCCGCCACCAGUGUGAAAGACCUUGCCCAGCGGAGUUUGCGCUUCUCUGUCAGCAUUAAUUUGAAAGCACCCGUUAUUGUCAUCCCACAGUCUUCUGUCUCUAGCAACGCUGUUGUGGUGGACCUUGGUUUGAUCAGAGUUCAGAACCAGUUCAGUCUUGUGUCUGGGGAAGGGUCUGUAAAUCCUCCUGUGAUCGAUAGAAUGGAUGUGCAGCUCACGGACCUGAAGCUGUCCAGGACAGUGAUCCAACCAGGCACCUCCCAGCCUGAUAUUCAGCUGUUGCACACAAUUAACUUUGAGUUUUUUGUAAAUCGAAAUCUUGCUGCAAAUUGGUAUCAUAAGGUACCUGUUGUGGAAAUUAAAGGACAUCUUGAUACAAUGAAUGUUUGUCUAAAUCAAGAAGAUCUUAAUGUUUUGUUUAGAAUACUGUUGGAAAAUCUUGGUGAAACUCCUGAAGAGUUAGAUAAAGUGAAACCAAGAGUACCAGAGACAGGUGAAAUCAAAGAUGCCCCUGAAAUUUCUACAUCACAGAGGUUACAAGCUUCGAAAGAUGCUUCAAGAGCUGAAAGAGAAGAAAUUAGAUCUGUAAACAUUGUUAAUGUACUGCUGAAUUUUGAAAUUAAAGAGGUUAUGGUGAUGCUGAUGAAAAAGGCAGAAAAGAGUGGGAGGCCAGUGCACGAGCUCAGUGUCCUGCAGCUUGGAGUGGAAGCUAGAGUUCAAGCUUAUGCCGUGACCGCUGAAGCUUAUCUCCAGCAAGUCAGCAUGCAGUGCCUGGAUUUCACUGACGCAGAAGGAGGCCCUCUGCACAUCGUGCGCUCCUCUUGCGUGACUAAGGAGCCGCUCCUGAAGAUGGCCUUGACCAAGGCAGACAGUGAUGGACCGGAAUUUAAAACUGUUCAUGACAAUACCAAACAGAGACUAAAGGUUUCAUUUUCAUCCUUAGACAUAUUACUUCAUUUAGAAGCUUUACUUUCCCUUAUGGAUUUUUUGUCAUCGGCUGUUCCAUCCUCUGAGUCGUCUUCUAGGAAGGAAUCUGAGCUAAAACCACUUGUAGGGGAGUCCAGAAGUAUUGCCAUCAAAGCUGUAUCUGGCACCAUUUCUAAAGAGGAUAUGUUCAAUUUAAAGGUUACAGCUGAAUUAGAUGCUAUUAAUGUUGUCUGUGAUCAGAAGUGUUCUAUAGCUGAUGUUAAAAUACAUGGAAUGGACGCCUCUGUUUCUGUGAAGCCAAAACAGACUGAUAUGUUUGCCAGACUUCAGAAUAUCAUAGUAACAAAUGUUGAUUUGAAGUCCAUUCACAAAAAGGCUGUCUCCAUCUUGGGAGAGGAAGUCUUCCGGUUCCAGAUGACGUUAGCUUUGGAAAAUUUUGCCUUAUCUGAGCUAUAAGGCAAGACAAACACAGAAGCAGUUGUCCUGAGUCCUGGCUUCUUCACAGCCCUCCAGCUAUGGUCAAGUCCUGAAGGCUCCUGGGUACUCAGGGGUCUGAAACAGAGUUCAAGCGAAGAAUUAAUUGAACUGCAUAUUCUACACCCAAAACUAAAUGCCUUGGAGAUGACUCCACACAGGAUAUCCAGCCUCAUCCAGAAAAAUUGCACACCUAAAAGGAUCCUUUGGAAACACUUCAUAAAGCUAUCUGCCUUGAAUUUACUGAUCUAAAA